UCAAAUCGAAUUUACAACAUCAUCUUCUUCAACUAAUUAUGCACUUUAUAAAAAUGCAGUUGCAGGAAGAGAAUUACUUUCUUCUAUAUUUGCUAUUAUUGAAGAAAAUGCAUCAGCUGAUGGAAUUAUGAAUAUAAUAACUCUUUUUAUAAACCAAAAAGGUUUAGAUAUUGCAAAAUUAAGACAUUUUGGUAGUGAUGAAGCU